AUGUUCCAACUUGGGAGCCUUAUUGUCUUCUGCGGCCUGCUCAUCGGGACCUCAGAAUCUCUUUUGGGUAAUGUUGUCAAUGCUGUGAGUAAUUUGAACGUUCCGAAUUCUGCGUCUGGAGAUGUCCUUCAGAACCUGAAUCUAGAUGUGGGGUCACUUCAGGAAACCACGGAUUGGGCAUUAGCCAGUAACAACAUUCUAGGAGCUUUGAACACACUGGACCUUGGCAAAUUAAACCUCCUUUCAUCUCAGAAAGGUUUAGGAUUGCGAAUCAACAAACUCAGCCUCCUGAACCUGCAAGCUGACCUGUCUUCCAAUGGCAAUGGCAUCGACCUGAAGCUGCCUGUGGUUUUGGAUGCCUCUGUGGCUCUGCCUAUCAUUGGCUCCGCGGUUGAUGUUGCUAUUUCCUUGGACCUUAUAACUUCACUCACUGUUGAAACCAAUGCCCAGACCGGCCUUCCCACGCUGUCCAUUGGAAAAUGCUCAAGUGAUUCAGACAAUAUCUCCAUUUCCUUGUUGGGCAGACGAAACACCUUUGUCAACAGAGUCCUGGAUAGUGUAUCUGGUUUCCUUACAAAUACUGUAACAAGCCUGCUGCAAAACCAAAUAUGUCCUGUGCUCCAGUUCCUCCUCAGCAACCUGAACGUCAAUCUUACUCAAGACCUCCUUUCUAAUAUACUGACAGGACAGUUACCAGCCUCCAUCUGA